GACUCGACAAUGUCACUACCGCCGCCACUUAACUCAUGUAAGUUGGAAUACUUAGAUUAGUUCUUGACCAAACAGGAAAAGUCAAAAUGAGACACCGCGGCGACGCAGAGCCACCGCCGCAACCCCAAUCUUCACCGUCAAAUUCCCUUCCUCAUCGGAAGAAGAACCGCAAGCGCAGAGCCACCACUUCCGUUUCCUCCGAAACCAGCUACCCCAAUGGCCCUGACCAGCUCAACACUCACAUUCAUCACGCUACUGUUGUGUGCCAGGACAAACCUAAACCGGAAGAGAGUAAAUCCGCUGUCGCCGGCGAAGGUUUCCGUUUCGGUGAGCUAAGGCAGAGAAGCGUGAACGGUCGCGAUAGUUUCGGAGAAUCGGCGGUUACAGCCGUUGGUGACGGUUACGUGACGGAAGUUAGUUCGGUUGCAACGGCAACGUCAGAGAGGGUGGAAUCGUUGGAGUUAAAGCGUGUCUUGGCAAAUGAUUCGAUUCCGAAGAGGUCACCUGUGUCGUACGUUUUGGAGAAGUUGUACCAUGGAAAUUCUGUGUGGAGCACAACAACUAUUGGUGAUGAAAAGGGACGAGAAAGAGUGUAUGACACUAUCUUCCGCUUGCCAUGGAGAUGUGAAUUGCUUAUAGAUGUUGGUUUCUUUGUCUGCUUCAAUUCAUUUCUGUCAUUAUUAACUAUCAUGCCCAUGAGGAUAGCGAUGACCAUUUGGAGGCUUCUGAAAACAAGGAAGUUCAAGAGGCCAUCUACAAUUGAGUUGUCAGAUUUUGGCUGUUUUCUUAUUAUGGCUUGUGGAGUCAUUGUUUUGCAGCAAAUAGAUAUCAGCUUAAUAUAUCAUAUGAUCCGUGGUCAAGCAACAAUCAAAUUGUAUGUGAUCUACAAUAUGUUAGAGAUAUUUGAUAAAUUAUGUCAAAAUUUUAUUGGGGAUGUAUUGCCAAUGUUAUUUCAUUCAGCAGAAGAACUUGCACGAUGUCCCCCAGAAACAGAAAGUAUGAAAUUCUGGAUAUGGAGAUUUAUUUCUGACCAAGUUUUAGCUGUUGUUGCUUCAAUUGUUCAUUCUUUUAUCUUAUUAGUUCAGGCAAUCACUUUAUCAGCCUGUAUUGUUUCUCACUACAAUGCCCUGCCAGCUUUGCUUGUGUCAAAUAAUUUUGCUGAGAUCAAAAGCUAUGUGUUUAAGGGAUAUAGUAGGGAUAAUGUUCACAGUAUGGUGUACUCUGAUUCCAUAGAGAGAUUCCACAUCUCAGCAUUUAUCUUAUUUGUUUUGGCUCAAAAUAUUCUGGAGGCAGAAGGACCCUGGUUUGGAAGCUUUAUCAGUAACAUCCUCUUGGUUUAUCUAUUUGAAAUGGGUAUUGAUAUUAUCAAGCAUUCAUUCAUCGCCAAAUUCAACAACAUUGCCCCCAUUGCAUAUUCUGAGUUUCUUGAAGUCCUAUGUAAACAGACUCUACAUAUGCAAACUGAGGGUGCAAAGAAAAAGUUGACUUUUGUCCCCCUUGCUCCAGCAUGUGUGGUCAUUCGAGUUCUGGCUCCAGUUUACGCUGCUAACCUUCCUUACAAUCCCCUUCGGUGGAGGCUUUUUUGGAUUCUGUUAUUUUCAGCAAUAACCUACAUUAUGCUCACAAGCCUCAAGGUUCUAAUUGGCAUGGUUCUACAGAAGCAUGCCAGAUGGUAUGUUAAUCGCUGUCAAAGGAGAAAGCAACAUCUUCAUGCUGAUUAACUUAUGGAACACAACUAAAUUAAGCUGUCUGCUGUUAUGGCCUUAUGGGAUUCCUAUGCUUGUGCCUGAGAGUGCAUGUGGAAAGAACAUGUGAUAAAGUAUUGACUUGGACUCAUUAUCAGCGCUUGAUACACACGAGAACAGCUUUAAGUUCAACGAAUUGGUUUUUUAACUUGAAGGUAAGGUUGCAUGGGCUCCUCCUUUGCAACUUUGUUGUUAGUAAAUAAUUUUCCAAAACACGAGCAUUUAGCUAUUGGCUGUGCAUUAUUGGCAUCCUUGUAAGUUGUAACUUUCAGCACCAAGGAAGCACAUACACUUAUGCUCACGCGAGAGUUCUUUGAAGCGUAGGCAGUAGUAGUAUUAUGUAAAGGACUGAAUUUUCUUUUGGCUUAAAGCUGUGCAGUUGAGGCUUAUAAAAGAUUGUGUAUGUAACAUUGCCUACAUUUUCAUUCGUCCUGUAAACUAAGCAAAGAAUUUAUAUAUUAAUUUAUGAAAUUUAAUUAUAAA